GCACGCACCCACACAUUAGGAAACCUGAGUAAACUAUGUGUCACAGAGGCUUGCUAUAAAAGCCCGUGGAGCGCUCGGACACGCAGCUCUGCUGACCUGGAGACCCCGCCGUCCAGCAUGAAGACUCUCCUCCUAGUGGCGUUUGUUGGAUGCCUCGCCGCCGUGUCCGCGGCCCCCGCUAACACGGUGAAAUGGUGCCUAAAAUCGGACCAAGAAUAUCAGAAAUGUUUGGCCCUCAAAGCCAAAGCUCCUGCAUUCGCCUGCGUGAAGAAAGACAACACCCUCGACUGCAUCAUCGCAAUCAAGGCUGGUGAAGCAGAUGCCAUCACUUUGGAUGGAGGAGACAUCUACACUGCUGGACUGAACAACUACGACCUGCAUCCCAUUAUUGCUGAGGACUACGGCAGCGCUUCGGACACCUGUUACUACGCUGUUGCUGUGGUGAAGAAGGGCACUGGAUUUGGCAUCAAAGACCUCCAGGGGAAGAAAACAUGCCACACUGGGUUGGGGAAGUCUGCAGGCUGGAACAUUCCCAUAGGAACGCUGCUGUCCAUGAAUCUGCUCCAGUGGUCAGGCAUUGAAGACAGCCCUGUGGACGAAGCGGUGGCCAAUUACUUCCAGGCCAGCUGUGCCCCGGGGGCAGCAGCAGGCAGCAAACUGUGUCAGCUGUGCAAAGGAGACUGUUCCAGGUCCCACAAGGAGCCUUACUAUGACUACGACGGAGCCUUCCAGUGUCUGGUGGAGGAUGCUGGACAAGUGGCUUUCGUGAAGCAUCUCACCGUACCUGCUGCCGAAAAGGACAAGUACGAGCUGCUGUGCAAGGAUAACACCAGAGCAUCUAUCGACAGCUAUAAAACCUGCCACCUGGCCAGAGUACCAGCUCAUGCUGUUGUCACCCGCAAGGACGAACAGCUGGAGGAAUUAAUCUGGACAAGCCUCAAUUCAGUGCAGGGCUUUAACCUUUUCUCCUCAGAGGGCUAUCCAUCUGGCAAAAAUCUGAUGUUCAAGGACUCAACACAGAGGUUGGUGAGGGUGCCACCACAAACUGAUUCCUUCCUGUAUUUGGGUGCUGAAUACAUGGGCAUUAUCAGUUCUCUGAAGAGAGAGCAAACCCCAGCCGCUACAUCCAGUGCCAUUAAAUGGUGUGCUGUGGGCCACGCUGAGACGGCCAAGUGUGACACAUGGAGCAUCAGCGCUGUGACUGAUGACGGCACCGACAUUGAAUGCCAGAAUGCCCCCACAGUUGACGAUUGCCUGAAGAAGAUUAUGCGUAAAGAGGCUGACGCGAUGGCAGUGGAUGGAGGACAGGUGUACACUGCUGGGAAAUGCGGUUUGGUUCCUGUUAUGGUGGAGCAGUAUGAUCAAGGGCUGUGCGGCACCUCUGGAGCCGCCUCCUCUUACUAUGCCGUCGCUGUGGUAAAGAAGGGUUCAGGGGUGACCUGGGAAACCCUGAAGGGCAAGAAGUCCUGCCACACAGGCUUUGGCAGAACAGCCGGCUGGAACAUGCCCAUGGGCCACAUCCACAAACAGACUAAUGACUGUGACUUCACUAAGUUCUUCAGUGCUGGCUGUGCCCCCGGAUCAGAUCCCAACUCUCCAUUCUGUACUCAGUGUGCCGGCAGUGGAAAAGCUGUGGGAGAUGAAUCCAAGUGCAAAGCCAGUGCUGAUGAGCAGUACUACGGCUACGCUGGAGCCUUUAGAUGUCUUGUGGAGGGUGCCGGCGAUGUCGCCUUCAUCAAACACACAAUUGUCCCAGAAAACAGUGAUGGCAACGGUCCAUCAUGGGCUAGCGCUGUGCAUGCUGCUGACUACGAGCUGAUCUGCCCCGGUAAGGGUCCAGUGCCAAUCACCGAUUACGCCUCUUGCAACCUCGGUGCCGUGCCCGCACACGCAGUGGUGACUCGUCCAAAUCUCCACAGCGAGGUGGUCCGUAUUCUCCAGGACCAGCAGUCCAAGUUUGGUCCUGGUGGCAGUGAUUCCUCAUUUGAACUGUUCAAGUCAGAUUCAGGAAAGAACCUCCUCUUCAAGGACUCUACCAAGUGUCUCCAGGAGAUUCAAGAAGCAACAUCCUAUGACCAGUUUUUGGGAACAGAAUACAUGAAUGCCAUGAAAUCUCUCAGGCAGUGCAGCGAUAACACCCCAGAUCUGGAGAAAUCUUGCACUUUCCACACCUGCCAACAAAAAAACUAGUGCCGACGAUGGACGAUGUGGUGCCUCAUUUGGCCUUCAGUGAUUCGAGCACCUUAGCCACACUUCCCACACUAGACCCGAAAAUUGCCUGGUGUAUUUUCCUGCUGAUCUUGCUGUAGACCUGUUUUUUUUUUUAGAAGUUGUAACCAACAUAUCACACCAACCACAUCCUACAGUUCAACUAUUCCACCAUCAGUCAUGUCCUACUGUAGCUGUUGAAACAUAAUGUUACAUUGCCUGUAUUAUUGGAUCAAUGUUAUGUUUUGUUAACACAUGCCUAACUAGCUCCACUUCCACCAGCUACAAGUAAAUGCUACCUAUACAUUGAUUGAUCGGUAUUAAAGUAUUGUAAUAUAAUAAAUAAAAAAAAUCACACAACA